AUGUGUUGUAUAUUUUCAGAGGCAGCGACGUACACAGUCAUUGUGAAGACUGGUACUGGUAGAAAUCCCAAUAGCUUGAUUGAUGGUCCUGGGACAGAUUGCGAUGUUAAGAUCAAGAUCCAUGGAAAAUCUAGAAAGACGAAACUCGCUGUUUCCACCGACUCCAUUAAGCUGAAAAAAAGUGAGAACAUCAAUAAAUUUGAAAGUGGACAGUAAGUUGACAAAACUUUCUUGUCUUAGGAAAUCUAACUCCAGCAUAGGUUAUGCAGAUCAGGGUAAAAUGUGACACAGUGGUCAUUAAAGCUUGGUUACAUGUCCCCCGAGAAAGGAAUCGGGCUCUGCUCUCAGGAUAGUGCUUCCAGUUUGUCUCUACCAAUCACCGCAGGACUUCUUACUGGACCUCUAUGGAGAACAGAUAGAGCUAUCUAAGAUCGAUGUUAGUUUAGUUUAGUUUAGUUUAGUUUAGGGGUCUCCUGUAGUAACACUGAAUCAAUAAGGCAUGACUUGCACAGUUUAGAACUGAUAUAGCUAAAUAAAAUUAGUUUAAUUUAGGUUUCCCCUAGCAGUAACCCUGGAUAUAUCAAUAAGAGAUGACUCUUACUGAACCUCUAGGGAGAACAGUUUAUAGAACUGAUAGAGCUAUCCAGCAUACUGAAUAAAAUUAUUUUUCUAGAACCGGAGCUAAGUUAGGUCAGCCACCGUGCUUAUAAAAUAUUUUCGGUAUGGUGAGCAACGUCACUCCUAAAGUUAACAAACGAUGUUUAUUAUUUUAGAACUGAUACUUUUACGAAUCUUAAAGAUGAUGAAGACUUGAUAGAUAUCAACAAAGUUGAAGUAAAAAUAUCAGGAUUAUGGCCUCUCCCACACUGGCUACUGGACAAGGUAUUUCCCUAUUUGAAAUAUGUUGAAAUAUUGUCGAGUGGAAAUUUAUAGACAUUUAUUACCAGGAACAGUUGCGAAAAAUGGGGAUCGAACCCGCGAUUCCGGUGUUUCUUUCUACGAAUUUUUAGAUACUUUAAGAUGUUUUAAAAUCACUGAUAAUAAACGACUUGUUUGAUUUCUAAAACGAGCCACGAAACUAUCGUCCAUUUAUUGACGUUUUCUGCCGCGAUAUGAAAUGGUGCUUGUUUUGAUUUGUUCUUGAAUUAUUGCUUAAAGGGAAAUGGCAAUAUAUUUUUUUAUUUUCUCAUUUGAAAGAACUUUUGAAACUAUUUAAUAACUUCUUUUACCGAUUCUUCAUAUCUUGCUUAGUUCUUGAAAUAUUUUCACUUGAAGUAACGAGAUGUCAGCCAUCUUGGAUAACAUUUUGAUCUCAUUAACGGUAGUUUUGGUGACGUCACAACAGGGAUUAACCAUAUAAAAGUAUUCGUUACUGACCAAAUAAUGAUUGGUAGAUGUUUUAAACGUUUCAAGUGAUCUUGAUAUUUCCAAUGGCAUGCAGAGUAUAAUUUUGAGUGCAAAAUGAUUAGUGAUUGUCUAGAUAAAAAUAUUGCGUGACCCCUGUUGUGACGUAACAUGCAUAUCCACAAAAAUCCAAGAUGGCGGACAUUUCAUUUCUUUCGAUUAAAAUAUUUGUAGAAGUAAGCAAGAUAUGAAAAAACGGUAAAAGAGUUUUAUAUAUAGUUUUAAAUGUUCUUUCAAACGAGAAAAUAAAAAAAUAUAUUGCCAUUUCCCUUUAAUAUUUUCCUGUAUUUCAGAUUAUUAUUACAACAGAAAAAGGAGAUAAAUAUGAAUUUAGUGCAAAUACUUGGUUAAUAAAAAAAGACGUGUACUAUCCUGUUACGAAGUUAAUUUCAGGUAUGUAACCGAGAUAUUUGUACCAAUCAUCACUUGAAUUGAAUACACCCUUUUCAUUAGAUCACAAAUAAUUUAAAAGAUUGAGUACUUGGAUGGUUUGGGGAACAGCGGGAUUUUCAAAACAAUGAAAACACAAUGGGGGCUCGCUAUGUAUAAUUUCCUAACAAUACUUUCAAUUACAUUUUAGCUUCCACUGCGUCGCCUCCAAUACAACCUGUAAAACCUGUUACUCCCCAAAUACAACCUGUAAAACCCGUUAUCACUACAUCCAAAGGUAAGUCCGACUAUGUGAUAACGUCAGAUUACGGAAAAACGUGUAAACGGUGUAAUUGGGGUCCGUGAACAAGAUUUUUUGGCAAGAUGCAUGUAGAAUAAAGAAUGACAAUAAGUGUGAUUAUUUCGUUUCUAGUGAAAUACACAGUAACUGUAAAAACUGGUGAUGUGAAAUAUGGUUCAACAAAAGCUAAAAUCUUUAUUAAGAUAUUUGGAACAUCAAAAAAGACUAGAAAGCCCACAAACACAUCUCCAAUACAUCUGACUGGGGCUGUGCCUGAGGACAAGUUUUUACGUUCAUCGUAAGAUUUCUUAGUUCUAUUAACCGUGGUUUAGCCUACUACGCUCGAUUUGUUCCAAAUGAUAUUCUAGACGUACAGUAACAUUCCAUGCGAUCUUCUAGAACAAAUACGUUCAAUGUCGAAGAUGACGAAGACUUAAUGGACCUGACUAAGAUUGAAGUGAUGAGAGAUGACAAAGGCAACAAUUGGUAUUUAGAAGACGUACGUUUUGAACUUUUUACUUGAAAUAGUUUUACUAUACACUCUCCUGCGCAGAGGAGGACAGCCGUAGUCUUUUAUCCCGUCUUCACCAAUAUUGUACCCUGCUUUAUACCACGACUAUAAGCAGAGACUACCAGCACAGACACUAAUAGGGAUGGUAGGAACCUCUGUGCGGGAGGGUGGUUUUACGAGAAAACAUAAAAAGGAGUCUGCGGUGACAACUGGUGGAAGCCCAGUCAGCCUUGACCCAGUCGAGGAAAGAUGCCCCCCCCCCGCUAAAUCUCUGACGAAACAAGACAUGAUUGUUUUCUAUUUGGUUACUUCAAUCUUGAGUUCAUUGGGAGUAUGGUUGAACUUUUAUAAUUUCAGGUUUCUGUCGCUACUCAAGAUGGGAAUUCUUUUGAUUUUCCUGCCCAGGCAUGGGUGAACACAGCGAACCAAUAUUUUGAAUUUAAAGUCAAUACCCGUGAGUAAUUACUUUGAACUUCAUUCUAUCUCUGUGUUUCACCAAGCACUAUCGUCUAUCCCUGGGUUUCGCCAAGCACUAUCGUCUAUCCCUGGGUUUCACCAAGCACUAUCGUCUAUCCCUGCGUUUCACCAAGCACUAUUGUCUAUCCCUGGGUUUCACCAAGCACUAUCGCUACAGUAGAUGGUAGGCAGCCAACAGACUGAUAAAUAAAGUUCAUUCAUUUUCAUUAUGUGUAGAAGUCUUGCGUUUGAAGCCAGUAGAAUUGAGAUAUGAUGUCCAAUUUCUUGCACCUAUAAAUGUCGAUAGUUCUCAAAUGAACCAUCAUAGGCUGCCACUGAAACCUACCUAUAUACCUGACAUCGAUUUUGCACAUAUUUACACAUGUUCCUGUGUUCUCUAUAGCACCCAAACCCGUGACCCCGGCACCUCAACCCCCGGUACCGCAGCCACCAGCACCGCCAGCACCUGUCAAACCCAGCAAACCAGGUCAGUGUUGUACCAUCUUGACUUUCCCAGGCUGCAAGUCUCGUUAUAAUAUUGCUUGAUGUUUAGGUGUCAUCUAUAAUAUUAUCGUGUACACUGGUUCCGUGGCAAAAGAAGGCUCAAAAGCACAAGUCUACAUGACUUUCUUUGGAGCACUGGCGACGAGCUCUGAAAUCCAUCUUAAAAGUCCAGCUUUGGAAUCUAGCAGUCAAACGUCGAAGUAAGAAAUGAUAAAACUAAACGAACUUUAUUUAUACAGGAUAUCUCUAUCAGUUCUUAGUCUCCCUAGAUGUCCAGUAAAAGUAACGGUUAUAAUGACACCGUUUUUCAUCAGCAUUUACAUCUAAAUUAUUUUUUCAGUUCAAAAAUUUUCCAAGUGCAGAUUGAAGAUGUGGGACAGCUGUUGAGAAUCAGGAUUCGUCAAGACGUUUCGGGAGGCUCGCCGAAUUGGAAAAUUGAAAAGGUUUUGAAAUAAUUUUCAACUUAUUUCAACCGUAUUUCUUUGUUUCCUAUAAAGCACUAGUGUGGAAAUAUGCUACGCUUUUUUUUUCUCGUACCAAACACAUGAAUCUUUAACAAACUUGACGGGCAAUAAAAUUUCCCUUUACUGCUGUUUGCAACCUACUAUUAAGUAGGUGUGAGAACCCUUUCAUGUUUGUUUACGUUUCAAACGUUCAGGUUGUGACCGGAAACAGUAACGUUUUGAGCAAGCCAAAUCAACGAUUGUGGCAAACGUUGACUGCUUUAUUGCUUAAAUCGUCAACGUUUUCCGGUCAAAACCUGACCGUUUGAAACGUAACCAAACCUGAAAAAAAUCGCACCCCUAAUGGUAGCUUGCAAACAACAGUAAAACGAAAACAGAAAUCCUGCAUUUUCACAUUAUGAAUCAAAAGUGACGCUUCUCCAAAGAAAUUUAUAAAAUAAAGUGCUGUAAAGUACACUUGACUGUAUUUAUGUUACGUGUUUCGUUUAAAUAUAAUGAUUGCCUAAUAUUCACCCAUAACGUACAGUGUAUGUUGCCAAAGCCAGAGGCGUAGCCAGGAUUUUUGGUCAGGGGGGGCAGCAAAAACCUAGGUGGGGCCAGGCUUCCAUUAUUUUUAUAGAAUGAAUUUUCUCAUGGGAGGGAGGGCCAACAUUCUACCGCCUCUGGCCAAAGCAAAUGUUCCUGAGGAGGGUUUUCCACAGUACUGCUGCUAAUCAUGUGAAAUAUUUUUCCGUCUUAGGUGCUGAUCAUUUUCCAGCUUCAGAUUAUUUAUGAAUUCCUUGUCUCCUCCUGGCUAGACGUUAGUAAACCUCUGGAGAAACCCGUCACUGACUGUGAGUAAAACUUCUUUAUGAUUAACUUUGUGAAGAAAUCCUCAGAGAUCAUUAACUCAUUAAUAAGCUGCAAGCCUGCAACACAUCCAAAUGCGCCCUACUUUAUUAUUUUGUCUGUCACAGAGGGGCAAGCACUUGUAAUGACUUAUUGUGGUAUCACAAAUUGUUUGUGUUAUAUCAUAUUUAGCAUAUCCUGCAACAUCCCUGAAGUUCAUAUCAUACCCUCAGUGUAUCCAGCCAGCUGAUUCAAAGAUGCAUCCUGGUCCUGCCUCAAGUGUCAUGUUACUAAACCCAUGUGGCAACCUACCUAACUUCUUCAAACUUCAUCGUGAUGGGGUGAUACAACAUCUCGCCAGUGGCAUGUGUUUUCAGGGCAUUCAAAAUGGUGACCCACUCAAAACAGCUCAUGGUGACCGUGUGACAUUGAACUACCCGUGCACUCUGUAUCGACCUGGUUACAACACACCUCAUGCCCUGCAGUUUAAGUUCACUAGGGGUGGAUCUUUGAUGGAAAUUAAAAGUGGGAAAUGUAUUUCAAGCAAUCAAGGUCAAGCAAAUGUAGCAUUAACAUUCUCUACACCCUGUGAUAAUGUGGAUACUAUCAUUGGAUUUAUAGGUUGGUAUAUUGCAACAAGUCAGCCGUCAAAAAGACUGUGUCAUUACAGCUGGGGCACUGUCUAUUUUUGUCAGCAAACAGCUCUCACAAAGCAACUUUGUUCUAUUUAUAGAUAAAGGAAACAAAGUAUUGUACCCACAGAAAGUUGGAAAAUCACCCACAAAGACCCCCUCUACCCCUGGGCCACCCUCCACACCAACAGGAAAAUCUCCUACUAAAGUCCCCCAACCUCCCACAUCCCCCCCGAACCCAUUGACCCCGGGUACUCCUCCUCCUCCAUCACCUGCCACAGUCACUGCACCUCCAGUCACCAAGCCUGAAAAUUAUGGUAGGUUUCAACAAGGUUACUUGCUGUUUAUUAAACACUGUUUAUUCAAAACUUUCAUGUUUGUAAACCAUAUUUGACAGCAUAAUUCACCCAUUUAUAAUUAUGUCACAAAUCCCUCCCUGGCCUCAUGAAUUUUGAGGAAAUAGCCUUUCUACAAAUGAAGUAUUCAUAAUUGUGUAAAGGGUGUAAUAACAUUGAUGUUUAUCAUGUAGGUUCACCAGUAUAUUGUCCGUCAAAUUGUGGGUCUGGCUCAUGUACAUCAACCUGUCAACCAUUGUGUUGUACUAACCCGCAACAGCCUGCCACUGCAGGGUUCCCAUCAGUCGUACACUGUCCCUCUUACUGCUCCCCAGGACAAUGUCGCUCGGAGUGUCCAGCUGGAUGUUGUUUUCCAAAUCUAGUCUCAUGGGGGAACGACCAACAAUAUGAUGAGAAUGGUGACACUAACGAGGACAAUGAUCGCAGGAGAUAG